UUAAGCUGUCAUUAGUGUCAUUAUCUUUAGUCUGUGGUAAUCUGUCAACCGAGUUGGGAUCGUUCAAGAUGGAGCUGGUAUCAUUUGCGAAGGAAGUCUUGCAGAAUGUAGCGGAACACGCGGCCAGCUAUCGCCUGGGACAGACCGCGCUGCGGCACUGCGAUCGCGUGCUGUGGGUCUUGGAGAAGUGUGCGCGGUGGGCCGUGCCGCCUCCAUUGGACCAAGAUGAGAGACCACAGCCAGAGCUGGUGCGGCCUCUGCCCUGGGUGUUUUUCCUCAUGCUGCUCGUCACGCUACGCAUCACGAGGGAGUCCAUAUCACUGAUCAACCUCGUCAUGGGAAAACCACCUUUAAGAUCUGCAGAUGUGGUAACGUACAUCCAGAGCAAGCGCCGCUACUUACGCACACUCAAGUACCAGGGCGGCCGCCUCUCCCGCGCGCGCGCCGCCGCCCCCCCGCCCCGCGCGUGGGGCGAACGGCUGCAUUCGCUCUUUGAGUUCACCAUGUGCUUCCGUCGCUCACACAACUAUGGGAACAAUAACACUACGAGAGUCAGCAACAACGAGGAGGUUUUGGUAGUAAAGCGCAGCAAACGCGCGCGUCAGUCGUCCAGCCCCGCGGCGUCGGCCAACGAGAGCACCAUGGAGCGCCUGCUGGAGAAGAUGAUGGUGGACCUCGCUGCCGACUCCGACGACGACUCCAGUUUCACGUUAACCAACGUCACGAGCAUCAGGAGCGACGGCUCCGAAACCACCGACUCUGACCAAGACACCGUUAUGGACCGUUGUCCAUCGACAACGGACAACGACAGUCCGUCCAAAAAGACCUCCGAGCACCAGACCAACGCCGAAAUUAACUUCUCGCCCAACAAAAGCGGCAUAUCCACCCCAGAGCGUUCCGAAAGCCCCGUCAAAACCAACCUCAAAAGUGACCUAUCGGAAAAAGACGAAACCACAACCGAAGACGCCCAAGAAAAAACCAACACUACAGAAGAAGCCGAAAUAGCAACCGAAGACAUCGCCCUCCAGACUCCUGAAAGCAGAACGUUAUCAUCCCCCAAAGAAGAAACACAGAUGCUCCUACAAUCCGAGUUAUCACCAAGCGCGCAGUCUCCUAAGACCGAGCGGAGUGUCGGUACGAAACCAUUGCAGAAUCGGUCUUUUAUAGCAUUCACUAAGAAUAUUUUCAAACAAAAACACGCGAAAUCACCAACCGGGGUCAACGGUGAGAGGCGGGAUUCCGGCGCGUCUGUUGCGAAAGCUAAGUCCACUGAUAAAACUAUGUGAAGAUAAAGAAUCCAAAAGCAGUCAUGUAAUGGAGUCAGAGCGAAAAUCAAGAACAAGCAAUAUUAGAAUACGCCUGUCACUUUGUAUCUUUAAUUAUUACGCAAUCUCCUUGAUUUUUUAAGGUGACCAACUAAUGUUAAAUAAUUACAGGCUUUGUACAUUCAUAGGCAGUCGCUUUAUUUCACAAAAUGUCGGUGCUUAAUUUAAUGUGAACAUCACGCAAAUGAGAUGUUUUACAAAACGGCGAUUGUUAGUUGAUGUGAUUGUAUCGGAACAAAUAGGAGGUAUGCACGUGGCGCAUCGUGAUUUAUUUUCGGAUUUCGUGAUCUUUACAAUUUAUAAUUUUUUUUAUAUCGUCUUUUCUGUAGGUUUACUUUUAUGAGUUGAAAACACGUAGCUAAACAUAAAACUCUGUAACAAUAUCAGUGUAAAACCUUGUAAUACUGACUUGCACAGUAACAUGAUCGUGCAGUUUGUUAGGUCUUCUUAUUUAUUACUUUGUGGUGUAUGAUGAGGCGAUAACUUCUUACGAAAUUGAAAGUAAGUAUGUAAUACAUAUUUAAAUUGUUAAUUAUAAUGACACUUUUUUAGGCGAGACCCCGAUAUUUCGGCGCAGUUGCUGGUUGGUGUUUAUUGGCAGACAAAACGGUCUAUGCUCCAUUUUAUUUUUAUUAUUCUAUUUUUUUUUUUAAAUCAAGUUGUUUGUGUUCACGUGCACACCGUUGUAAAUGGAUAAGACUGCGCGCCGUCGAAAAUAAUUUAUUUUAAGAAUUAUGCAAUUGUAAUGUUUAGUUUUUUACUUUAGUCUUAGAAUCUCUAUAAGGAAAUUUUAAAAUAAGCGACAAUGUAAUUUUAAGAAAGUGUAAAAACUAGAAAGCAAUUUUAACAGCCCAGUUGAAAGAAUUAGAUUUUUCAUUUGUAAAUUUUAGUGUCGUAGAUCUGUGCAUUUAAUAUUGGUACUGCGGGCGAACUCGUGUAAUUUCUAUUUAGUGUGUAAGUUUUUAUAAUUAUUAUUUUCGCGUGAUUUUUAUUUAUUCUUAAUCAUUUUACUUUUUUAUAAUUUGAAUGACUUAUCAAUUGACAAACUUGUGUAACUGCAAUAACGAACAUUUUGUAAAUUAACGAACAUUUUGUAAAUUAUCACAAACGUGCGAAAAAUGAGUUUAUUUGAAUGAUGUUCUGUAAAUUCAUCUUGCGUCAUAGCAUGAACGUAGCCAUCAGCUAUUGGUUGUUACGGCAGCAGUAAUGUCGUGGUAUGUUUCAAUUCGUCUAUAGC